AGACUCAUACAGCGCCGACGGCCUUCCCGAGCCUGUCAUCAUAGUGAUGUGAUUGCUAGAGCGACCUCGAAGUAGCCGCUUGGCGGCUGAUGGAGGCAUUCCCCUAACCGGAAGUUUGAAAGCCGGACGUCUCUCUAUUUUUGUCCGAGAGCUCUUUGUGAUUCCGAAAAGGGGAGGGGCUAGCUCUUCGGAGGGCGUGAUGAACCGUUUGAAUAUGGCGGGAAAAAGGAGAACUUAGUUGGACGGCAGUUAAGUUCCAGGUCUUCUAUUCGGAAAGAUAGGCCAAGUCUGAGGGAAUUGGUAAGUCUCCAGGCUCCACCCCAAAGUCCCAGGUCUUUCCUUUGUUGGAACUGGGAACCCUAGGAACUGACAUCUGUAGUCUGAAGAGCUGGUGUAAUUCCUGGAGAUAUCCAGGUCCUGCCUGGAGGCUGGCAACCAAAAGGAAUGCUGGAGGCAAGGAUUCCCUAGGCCUAGUUAAAACUACACUGCCUCAGACUAUUUUUUUUGUUCCAGUUUCCAGAUUUCUACAUAGUGUGGACAGUUUUUGCUCAUCAAGAUGUCGGGAAAUGUCAUGAUCUACGAAACCCAGUUCUUUGGCUUCACCCCUCAGACAUGCAUGAUGCGUAUGUACCUUGCAUUCCAAGACCAUCUCUGUCACAUAAUGCUGAUAAUAGAAGAGGUGAUCCUGAAGAAACUGGAGAGCAUGCGCUACACUAAGCUCACACCUUCUUCAAUCCGUCGAAGCAGUGAGAAAUUCCUUGCCUAUAUGAGGAAACACUCUGACCAGCUAUUUGGCAAAAUGGAACCAGUGCUGCUACAGGUGGUGCUAACUAUCCCAGAAAAUGUUUUGCUCCCUGAAGACAAAUGCCAGGAGCAAUAUCGCUACACUGAAAGCGAGUUUCAGGAGCUCCAGGAGGAAAUCUGUCACCUGGAGCACCGUGUUAAGGCUGAAAUAUCUGCCCAGCAGGCUCUGAAAGCAGAGCUGGAAGAGCAAAAAGCAACCCAGGAGCAGCUCGAAAAGAUCCUUCAGUGGUUUGAUAGCCUCGACAACAUCUGCCGAGAACAUGGGACCAGUAACCUCAAAGAAAGCUUUGCUUUCUUGAAGGGGAAUGCCACCAAAUUGCAAACUGUGAUGCAGGAGGUUGAAGAUAAAAGCAAGAAGUUGUACAAGAAGUGAUUGUGCUAAGGAAGCACUUGAACAGAAAGUCUGCCAUUAAGCUAAUAUGCCUUUUAUCCCCAUAUAAUAAAUUUGAAUUGUGUGCUAAAA